UUUAUUCGUUGCAGUUGCAGUUCGCGUUUCCAUUUCCAGAUAAUAACAGUCCCUAAACACAAAAGCAAGCCGACCCAUCAACCUAUUCAAAUAGUUAAACAGAAAAGAAGAACAAUCAACAAAAUGCGCAGAGCUGGCCUUUUGGCCAUUUUGGCUGUUUGUGCCUGCGGCAUCGCCUCCUCGUCGCCUGUCAGCAGUGGCGGCCAGCAACUGGUCGGCGUCAGCAAAUGCACCUGGGGACCCACCUACUGGUGCGACAACUUUAGCAACUCCAAGGAAUGCCGGGCUACGCGUCACUGCAUCCAGACCGUGUGGGAGAAGAAGGUGGUGCCCGUGGACACGGACUCCAUCUGCCAGAUAUGCAAGGACAUGGUGACGCAGGCUCGCGACCAGCUGAAGAGCAACGAGACCGAGGAGGAGCUGAAGGAGGUCUUUGAGGGCUCUUGCAAGCUGAUACCCAUCAAGCCCAUCCAGAAGGAGUGCAUCAAGAUGGCCGACGACUUCCUGCCCGAGCUGGUCGAGGCCCUGGCCUCCCAAAUGAACCCCGACCAAGUUUGCUCUGUGGCCGGGCUCUGCAACAGCGCCGCCAUCGAUGAGAAGCUGAAGACAGCCUACCAGGCCGCACUCGAAGGCAAGGAGCCGCAGGAGGACGAGGACUCGUCGGAGGAGACCAGGGAGAUUCUGGAACCCAAUCAGCUGUCCUGCGGCAACUGCAACCUGCUGUCGAACAUGAUGCACCAGAAGUUCGAGGCCACCAACCGCGACGACAUGGUGGAGCAGCUGCUGCACGUUUGCGGCUCGCUGUCCAGCUUCUCGGACGCCUGCGCCAACAUUGUGCUGACCUACUUCAACGACAUCUACGACCAUGUGCGCCAGCAUCUGAACACAGACGCGCUCUGCCACGUGUCGGGAGUUUGUGCCACUCGCUACCACCAACACAGCGAAGACAAGCAGGAGCCCGAGGCUCUGGUCGCCCUGGAUGCCGGCGAUGACAUUCCCUGUGAGCUGUGCGAGCAGCUGGUUAAGCAUCUGCGCGACGUUCUGGUGGCCAACACCACGGAGACGGAGUUCAAGCAGGUGCUGGAAGGCUUCUGCAAGCAGUCGCGCGGCUUCAAGGACGAGUGCAUCAGCAUCGUGGACCAGUACUACGAUGUGAUCUACAACACCCUGGUGAACAAGCUGGAUGCCAACGGCGCGUGCUUCCUCAUUGGCGUCUGCCCCAAGAAUGCUGCCGCCUCCCCAGUUGCCCCGAUCAUGCCUCUCCUACCCGCCAUUGAACCCGCCCAAGUGCAGGUAACCAUCAGGAAGCUGCACAAGCUGGGAGCCAACGAGCCCAAAUUCACCCAGGACCAGAUCAUUGGCAUGCAGCUGCCCAUCGACCAUCUGAUGGGUGCUGCCAAUCCCAGCACGCUGGUGGAGGGCGGCGAGCUGUGCACCAUCUGCGAGUACCUGCUGCACUUCAUCCAGGAGACACUGGCCACGCCCGCCACCGAUGACGAAAUCAAGCACACCGUCGAGAACAUGUGCACCAAGUUCCCCAAGGGCGUCGCCGGCCAGUGCCGCAACUUUGUGGAGAUGUACGGAGAUGCCGUGAUCGCCCUCCUUGUCCAGGGACUCAAUCCCCGCGAUGUGUGCCCCAAGCUGCAAAUGUGCCCCCACAACCUGGACAACCAGGAGGACAUUGAGGUGUUCCACCCGGUUCCCGUGACCACCGGCGAUCAGCAGGAUCAGCCCACCUGUCCGCUGUGCCUCUUUGCCGUCGAGCAGGCCCAGAGCAAGAUCCGUGACAACAAGUCCAAGGAAAACAUCAAGAAGGUUCUGGCCGAUCUCUGCGUCCAUCUGCCCAACAAGCUAAGGUCCGAGUGCGUAGACUUCGUGAACACCUACUCCAACGAGCUGAUCGACAUGCUGAUCACCGACUUCAAGCCGCAGGAGAUUUGCGUGCAGCUUAAGCUCUGCCCCAAGAACAAGAACUAUCUGGACGACAUGGGCAUCAGCAUGGAGGAUGACGACUCGAACAGCAGCGAGGAGAUGAUCUUCAACGAUGUUGCUUCCCUCGAGCAUCUGCCCAUCGAGGUGGUCUUCGAGAGGGACUACAACGGUGCACCAAACUGCCUGAUCUGCGAGGAACUCGUGAAAACCGUCGAGAAGAAGAUGGGCAAGCACCCCACAAAAGACAGCAUCAAGCAGAUCCUCGAGCACUCCUGCGACAAGCUCAAGAAGCCGGUGGCCAGCAAAUGCCACAAGCUGAUCGCUAAAUUCGGAGACCAAAUUGCCGACCUCCUGCUGAAGGAGAUGGAUCCCAAGCUGAUUUGCACCGAGCUGGGACUGUGCCUCUUCUCCGAACAGGAGGAUCUUGAAAUUGACGAGGCCCUCAAGUACGAUGUUAUUGCUCUGCCCCAUCCGGCUGACCAGCUGGCCCGCCUCGAGGAGUCGCAAAAGCCCAAGGAGCCGCCCACCUGCGUGCUCUGCGAGUUCAUCAUGACCAAAAUGGAGGCUGAUCUGAAGAACAAGACCGAACAGGACGAUAUCAAGCGUGCCAUUCUGGCGGUGUGCGACCACUUGCCCGCCACGGUCCGCAAGCCGUGCGACACCUUCGUCGAGGGCUACGCCGCGGCCGUCAUUGAUCUGCUCAGCAAGGUGCCGCCCAAGGAGGUGUGCCAGAAGCUGCAGCUCUGCUUCAGCCAGGUGGUCACCGACGAGGUGAUCGAGUGCGGUGUCUGCCACGGCGCCACUCAAGUCCUGUUGCCCUUCCUCAGCGCCCACCCGAAGGAGACCGAUGUGACCACAGUGGAAAUGACCUCGGUGGCCUGCGAGAACUUGCCAGCCAAAUACUACAGCAUUUGCUCCAAAAUGAUCUCUAUCUAUGGCAACAGCUUUAAGCAUGUGUCCCAGCGACCUAAUGUGGAUCAGUCGCACGUGUGCGCUGAGAUUGGCAAGUGCUUCGAAAGCGAGAAGUCCUCGCUGGCCUUUGCCAGGAUUUCAGCCUAAGAUCCGGUCCCGUGAUUCGCGACAACCGCAUUGUGAUGUGUGCAGGAUUGGACUGGAGUGAAGAAGGAGGAGGAGGGUGACACAGUCCCACGCUUUAUAUAUACAAAUAUCUUUACAUAAUCCGUUUACAUUCUAUAACGAUUUACUGUACAUGAACGACCCUUACUUACUUUAUUUCCGCACUCUGUUUUGGAUUGAUUUUCGGUUCCGAAUUCGGCUCUAAAUUGGUUAAGAGAUGAAGAUGAAGAUUUGUGAUGAUGAUGAUGAAGAUGAAGAUACUAGAUGAUUUUAAAGUGCACGCGAACACCGGGCUGAACAAGUUGAACUGUAACAGAAACUAAAAUUAACACUAAGCUGUAACCUAAUCGUACAUUCAAUAUAAAUAUUAGCGAAUCCAAAACUGUGUAUCUACAUAUGUAUCCAUGUAUCCGAGUCAGUGUGCGUAGUUUAAGCAGUCGAAACGUGUAGAAAUUAUAUUUCAUAAACAAAACGGA